AUGUGUUCAAUAACGAUCAAGAUCGUGCGCCUGCGCACUGCGUCAUUGACCGAAUCGCUUCCCGGCCGGCUGCGGGAGAGGGAGGUCCAGCAGGAGGCGAGACACUGCGUGGACUUGAGUCUCCUCCAGCGCAACAAAUACUCGCUGCUCAUCAUCAUUGGACGCACGGCUCACCACCGACACGCACGACACGUCUGCCAACACAUCCAGACAGGGAUUCGCUCGUGGGGCGUGGACUUGGAAGACUGCGACCUGGACGUUUACCUGCAGGAGUUCCUCUCCCAUCACACUGCCUCCUUCAAGGGUGCAGGACACAAGUGUCUGCGCCACAACGGCCGAGGGUUGGACAUUCAUGUUGUGAUCGCUCCAUCUCAGGAACAGGCCCACUCGGAGGUGAGCGCUUUGUUGUCCCGGGAAUCGGCUCACAAGCUGCUGAUCUUGGCUGGCCAGAGUGUGGAAGACAGCGGCGACCUUCUCUUUCACCGGGGCCUUUUCUCCCCCAAACAGCUAAAAGACAUACUAGACCAGUUCCCAGAUGAAGACCACCUUGCCUGCCGGAAGCUCAACCUGACUCUGUGCUGCCCCAACAACGCAGCCCACUGGAGGAAGACCCUUCAGCCUUGUCGGGGUCCUGUCACACUUCACAUCAACCCCCCAGAGGUCCUUCCUGCCAUGUCUGCCUUGGGGGAGUUCACCUCCUUCGUCUCUGGUACCCUUUCCCCCUUGUCACCAUUCGAGCUCCUGCCCCCCCCGGCCACCGUUGGCUUCCUCAAACUGUCCCGCCCCUGUUGCUAUGUCUUCCCCGCCGGGCAUGGCGACUGCGCCUUCUUUGCCGUCAACGGCUUCACGAUGCUGCUUGACGGCGGCUCAGACCCGCAGGCAUGCUUCUGGAAGCUGGUCCGCCACCUGGACCGCAUUGAUGCUGUUGUGCUGACGCACGUGGGCACGGAGAACCUCACUGGGGUCAACAGCUUCCUGGAGAGGAAGGUGGCAGAGUCGGAGUUGGCUUCUGAUGUCAAAGAGGACUCGUCCAAGAGGCUCAUCUCCCCAGAGCUUGGAGUUGUGUUCUUUAACGCCCCCAGUAAGUUGCAGGUGGAACAGCAGCCUUGUGUGGACAGUGUCCUUAAGAGCACAGACCAGGCAGCUCUCACCGUACACUUGUUGAAGAGGUUAGACAUCCGACCCCAGCCUAUGUUUCGACCUGAAGGGGUCGCCCCCGAGCCAAUAACCCUGUUCCAAAAGAUGGGAGUGGGGCAGUUGGAUUUAUAUAUCCUCAACCCCGCCAAAAACAGCCAGGAGUACCAGACGUUCAUGCAACACUGGCCUGACCCUGUGUCAUUUGGACCCCAAUCCCAAGCGCUCCCUCUCACCGCCCUUGAAUCGGUGUCCGCCCUGCUUGUGUGGCAUCCAGCGUGCCCCCAGGAGAAGGUGGUCCGAGUGCUGUUCCCCGGUGUCACUCCGCAGGCUAAACUGCUGCAGGGGCUAGACAAGCUGAAGACUCUUGCCUUCCUCCAGAAACCCACAGUGACCACCGGGGAACUGGAGAAGUUGGCGGACACGGGGAAGACCAAAAGGGCCGAGAGCCAGAAUAUUGUCAACUCUAAUGGGAAGGAGGUGCCUCCCAAACAUGGGAAAGACGCAAAGGUGAAAUCAAUUCAUGGAGAUUUUGAUAAAGCCAAAAAGCAAAAGGUAACAGAGAAGAAUAGUUUAAAGAAAGCUAGCGGGAACGACGGGAAGAAGAAUGGAAAAACCAACAGCAGGGAAGAGAAUGGCGUGGUGAGGAAUGGUACAGGGAAGAAGGAGUUGCCCAUCUCCAAACCAAAGAAUGACAACAAGCAAAAAAAGGAAGCGAAGAAUGACUCCAAAGCAGGACCCAAAAAGACCCAGAAGUUACCCGGCAAGAAUGUACACAGCAAGACUGAAUCAAAACCUGACAAUGAGGCGGCAAUGGAAGUCCCAAAGCCAGAUGGCCUCGGUGCGCAGGAAGAUCCUAUGAACGAAACUCGUGCCUCAAAAAUAUCUACCCCUGAGGACAUGACUGCUGAUUUUCUCAUCCUUGGAGAGGAAAUGGAGAAAGAGGCGGGGGACAAGGCAGAUAAAGGGAAGCAGACCGAAAAUCAGAAACAACUCGGAUGUUCGGGUGACCAGACUGUAGUCCAGUCAGGACUUUGUAAGAAACCAGCCAAGGUGGUAGGAUUCCCAUCCCCAUUGAAGGAGACGCCAAAGGACGAGCAAGACAUUCAGUUAGACUUGACCCCCACUGAAUACACCCUCCUGGACGGAGCUUUGAGAACCACCCCUCCAUCACGAUCCUCCCCAGAGAACCAGGCAAGCCCAGAUGAGGAAACCGUAGAGAACGCUUCCCCGGAUUCAAGACCCAACAGUGCAGGUCACACGCCUUACUGUCUGUCUCCGGAUGACGUGUGGUGCAACAGAGACACUCUUAGCAGGCUACAAGCCCAGCAGGAACCAACUGAAGUCACCCAGCCCAAGAACUGGCCCCGGAAUGCUCCAGAGAACCCACAGAACCCCAGAGAGAAACACCUAAGUUUCUCUCUGGGUUUCUCUCUGGCUCCACUAAAAGACGGAGCCUCCGACCCAUCCCCUUCUGUGGCCAACACCUCCACCUCCACCCACUCCAUGCCGGCGGAGGUUAGCUCGCCUCAGUCCACAGAAGUGGACGAGUCGCUGUCCAUGUCUUUGGAACAGGGGCCAGCUAUAGGGAGUCAGAGAGAGCUAGACGACGGCAUUCAUCACCCUCACACCAACGGAGGACAAUUUGUACCGCUACCCAUGAAGAAGCCCGUAAGGUCUUUGGGUUCGGAGAUGGGGCGUCCUCCGGCCCCUAGCACCCUUCACUUUGAGGCGUCUGCAGUUCACGAUGUAGACCUGUGUCUGGUGUCCCCGUGUGAGUUCAAGCAUUUCAAAGCAUUCGACUCCAACUCGGGUAUCAGCGAAGCCUCCAGAGGCGCUUUUGGACCACAACAUCACAGCAGCAACCACAACACCACCCCUGCAAAAGACGUGUCACCCAGCGAAUCAAACACCCCGGUCUGCAUGGAAGAUUGCCCGUCCACAACGGCGGAUGGAGUCCUGGACUCCGAUGAAGAGGAGUCGUGCAGCAUGCUGCCACACCUCCGCAGCAGUCAAGCUCUGCCCCGUGACCCCCUUCCGGCCCGGCUCAGGGAUAGCCCACCCCCGCCUCCUCGUCCGGAUGCCACCAUGCCUGUUCCGCAGUCUGACGCCGCAAAGAAGGUUAAAUCAAGUUCAGUGCGCGGAAAAACAGCUGGGGUGAUGGAAGGCUCCCAAAGAGCAAGCUCAUUUAAAAGCAAGGCAGGAAGUGGCGUCCUGAAAGGCAGGAAAGACAAUGCUGUACCAUCACGCACGUCCUCCGCCAGCAGCCAGCGCCCAGCACCAGCGAAAUCCUCCGUCAAUGCAGACUCCAAGCUGGUCUCUGCUGAGGAUGUGAGCGUCUAUGUGGACUUGGCCUACGUUCCCUCCGGGGCUUCGUCCCCAACAGUCAGUGUGGACUUCUUCAAAAGCGUACGCUCCUCCUGUUACAUCAUCAGCGGCGACUGUCCUGAGAGGGAGGAGCUUAUGAGGCAUACGCUGGACGCUCUCCUUGAUGGCAAGUCGUGCUGGCCUGGCGCCAUGCAGGUGACGCUCAUCCCCACGUUGGAGUCCGGGUCCAUGCAGGACUGGUACCAGCAGACCCUGGAGAGGCAGAGGGAGCUGGGAAUCGUGGUCCUGGGGUCCAACAGCACCGUGGCCAUGCAGGAUGAGACCUUCCCGGCCUGCAAGAUUGAGUUCUGAACAGUGAGCAAAAUGAGGAUGAGGACGUACAUUUUUACAUGUUUACCUCCAAAAAGCCUUCAUUUGCUUCCAUCCCAAAGCACUCUUUUACCGACGACAAUAAUAGGAUUGCAUGAUCUUCUGGUCCGGUGACCCUGUGCUAAACAGAAGAGGAACACACACACACACACACACACCAGGAAAAGACAAGCCAGAAAUGUCUUUUUAGCACCGAAGGCUUUUUUUUAAAAAAGGCUUUCCAAUAGCAGGCAGGCUUUAAGUGUGUGAAAGCAUCGUUUUUGCUUUGUGCGUCUAAAUAUCAAUAUAAAAAAGAAUAAUGCAUCCAUGAUGACAUCACAUGAGCACUCGAUAGUCUGAUGUUGGACAUGUGAUUCCAAACAAGCCAAAUGAGUUCCUGUUAUCCUUCAAGAAAAGGAAACUUUCCAAUGACAUGAAGGAGAAUAUGUGGAUGUUUCUGCCAUUUAGUGGAAGGCCAUAUACGUACUGUCGUUAUACGUGGUGUAAAGAUACAUUAUUUAUACUCCUCAUUUUUAAAUGAGUGGAAUUGACAACCAUUCAUUAGCGCUCACGUGCCGAGGCACAUUGGUUGGGAAUCACAACCGCAUAGGAAUAUCUGAUAGUGGCAUUUUUGCCAAAAACUGAUAUUGUCCAACUCUCAAUUUCCGAUACUGCUAUCAGCCGAUACCGAUAUAUAUAACAUGACAUAUCUCCUGUGGUGGAAUGAACAUGUGUGUUGUAUACAGAAUUUUUUUCAUCUCAGUUUUCAUGAUCGGGGGAAAAAAAUCCAAUACCGAUUUCGCAUUUUUAUGCUGAUAUUGGUACCGAUAAUUGUCCCUCCGUCCCUCCAACAGCUGACUUACAUGUAGUAAUUAUUACUUAAAUUAAAGAUGGCAUUUUAAGAAAAUAAUUUAAUUAGAUUAUUUAAAGAAAAAGAAAAUGUUGAAUUUUUCAUGACAACAUUUCUUAGCUAAAUUUCCAGUGGAAAUUGACUGGAUUUUUCCCCCCCAACUGCUUUUGCAUUCCUAGCUGCUUGUAGCUUCAUCUGACAGUGUCCAUAAGCUAAAUGUAAUGAUUUAUUUUUGUUCUGUGGAAAAAAUGAUUUUAAUAUAUAAUAGUGUAUUCAUUUAUAUAAUAGAAUAAGUAUAUUUUAUAUAUAUUAAAUUGUAAUCAUUAAUCAAAUUAAAUUAAAGAUCACAUUGAAAUACUUGCUUACUUUAAAUUUUCAUUUCAUUUCAAAAUUUGAGAGUUAGAAUUUUUUCAUUUCUUUAAAUAUGACCUACAGUAUAUAAAUUACAGCACAAAUAAUUAUAAAAAAUAUAUAAAUGUUUUAUUAAAAAUUGUCCAGUACUGACAAAACAAAAUAUGAACUCUGCCACACUUUUUUUUCAUUCUCAGGUGUCCAAAUUGGAAUAUUUCCAAAAUUCCUCUGCUAAAUUUCCCAUGGAAAUUGAUUGGAAUUUUUUUCUCCAACCAACUGUGCAUUCCUUGCUGCUUGUAGCGUCAUGUGACAGUGUGCAUAUGAAUAACGUUUUUUUAAGUUAAUUUUAGUUUAUAAAUUGGAUUUUAUUCAAAUGUAAUUAAUGUUUAACGUGAGGGUAAGCGGCAGAAAAUGAAUGAAUAAAUAUAAGACAAAGAUGUAUAAAUGACAGCAAAAUUAAUGGUAACAAAUGAAAAUAUUAUUUUCUCAAUUAGAAUUUCCCAUGGAAAUUUACUGGUCUUUUUAUCCAACACCAUUUACAUUCCUAGCUGCUGGCAGCAUCACCUGACAGUGUGCAUAAUUGUAAUUGUAAUUAUUUAAAUGAUCGUUUCAAUGACUUUAAAUGGAGCAUAAAAUAUUGAGAUCAAAGCUUGAUUCAUCCAAAUGAAUUCCACAUGUUUCAUUCAAAAACAUGACCUGCUCAAUGCCAAAAGAAAUAUUUAUACUUCCACAAUUUCUCAGCUAAAUUCUGUUUAGGAAAUGUACAGGAUUUUUUCUUCCAACAGACUUUGCAUUCCUAUGUGCUGGUAGCAUCACCUGACUAGUGUGCAUCAUCUACAUACUGUAAUCAGCGGUCUGACGACAACAUCACAGCAUGUGAUGAAAUGAAAGCGCAUUGUUGUUCUAAUCACAGGCGGUACUGAGGGUGUAAUCCACUUUACCGCGGGUGCUUGAGCCAGGCCUGGAUUGUAUCACAAGAGAAAGUGAUAGCGUGCGUAGAUGACAGUGAGUGGUAUUUGGUAUGGGCGCUCCAGUUUCGCUUGAUUUGACACUUUCCUGAGGGGUUUCUAUUGGAACAUAUGAUCUAAUUCCACUUCAUCACUUCCCACCACCUUCCACACAUGGCACUGCGAACACGGAAAAAGCUUCAUUUCCUUGACUGUUGAUCAGGGCGUGGACAGACACCCGGAAACGCCUCUGGAUUUCUUACACUGCCGGUUAAAUAAAUGGAGCAGGAGAUCUGAUAAAAUAGCAGCUUUGUCCUCAUGGGAAAAAGGAUGAAUCAUUUCUAAUCGUUUUUGUUUUCCUUUGUUUUGUUUUUAUGUUCUAUGCUUAAGCCACAGCUUUAAGUCUUACGCUUGAGCCACAGCAAUCAAUCAAAUCAAAUGUACCUUAUUUUCAAACACGAAUGUUGCCAGGUGUGGCGUGAAGGUGAAAUUCUUCAAAAGGCCUCUACAAGGAAGAGACUUUCUAUAAAUUUAGAAUUAAUUUUUCAUGUUUGAUGUGGAAAAAGUGUUUGCCCACUUCCCGAGUUCUUUUUUUUUUUGCAUGUUUGCCACGUUUAACAGUUUCAGAACAUCAAACAAAUUUCAAUAUUAGUCAAUGACAAUACAACUGAACGCAAGAUGCACUUCUAAAAGGAAACUUUAUUUUUAAGGGAGAAAAACUGGUUGGGCCACCCUUAGCGGCAACAACUGCAAUCAAGCGUUUGUGGUAACUUGCAAUGAGUCUCUUACAGCGCUGUGGAGGAAUUUUGGUCCACUCAUCUUUGCAGAAUUGUUGUCAUUCAGCCUUUUUAAGGUCAUGCCACAGCAUCUCAAUAGGAUUCAGGUCAGGACUUGGACUAGGCCACUCCAAAGUCUUCAUUUGGUUUUUCUUCAGCCAUUCAGAGGUGGACUUGCUGGUGUGUUUUGGAUCAUUGUCCUGCUGCACAACCCAAGUUGCUUUCAGCUUGAGGUCACCAGCAGAUGGCCGUACAUUCUCCUUCAGCAGAAUCCAUGCUUCCAUUUAUCACAGCAAGUCUUCCAGGUCCUGAAGCAGCAAAACAGCCCCAGACCAUCACACUACCACCACCAUAUUCUACCAUUCAUAUGUUCUUUUUCUGAAAUGCAGUGUUACUUUUACGCCAGAUUUAAUGGGACAUACAGCUUCCAAAAAUGUUUAACUAUUGUCUUGUGAGACCACAGAGUAUUUUCUCAGAAGUCUUGGGAAUCAUCAAGAUGUUUACUGGCAAAAUGUAAACCUUUUUGUUCAUCAUGAACACUGACCUUAACUGAGGCAAAUGAUGCCUGCACUUCCUUGGUUGUUGUGGGGUCUUUUGUGACCUCUUGGAUGAGUUGUCACUGCGCUCUUGGGGUGAUUUUGGUUGGCCGGCCACUCCUGGGAAGGUUCACCACUGUUCCAUGUUUUCACCAUUUGUGGAUAAUGGCUCUCACUGAGGCUGGCUGAAGUCCCAAAGCUUUGAAAAUGGUUUAGAGCCUUUUCCAGGUUGAUAGAGCUCCAUUAAUAUGUUGAGUUGUGCUGUUAUUGACUUAUAUUUUAAUUGGUUUGAUGAUAUGAAACAUUGAAGUGUGGAAAACCCCCCAAAAAACUAAACUAAAAACUAAAAAAAUGUCAUUCUAUUGUAAUUCACAUUUUUGUUGUGCAAUGAUUUAUCACUCUGUCUUUUUUAAAACAUAAUUAAAUCUGCUAUUUAACCAGAUGUCUAUGUAUUGCAGGUAUAACUGUGUGUGUGUGUGUGUCAUAUAUUAGACCAACACACUGUAUGUUGUUUCAUUUCAUGAUAUUCAUGAGGCGAGUACAGGCCGUGAUGAUGAUGUGUAUCUAUGUUGUAGGGACAGCUGGAAGGAUGUACCAAUAAUAAAGGUGAUGAUAAUAAUAAAGAAUGCUUAUCACAGGUUUUGCACAUUCAACAGCUCUUCCUUGUUGUAGUAGUUAUGAGAGAUGACAUCAUUUUAUACAUUGAUAUAAUCACAGUAUGAUGUCAUCUUAAAUCCAAACAAGCAGGAAGGUGAUACUACAUUGAUUCCACUGAUGUGUGUGUUUCUGCUAUUUAGUGCAAUAUUUUGUUGCUGUCCAGUGAAAUAACUAAAAAAAAACCCCAAUACAUCCAUCAAUUUUUUUAUGCCGCAUAUCCUCACUCACCCUGGACUGGUCGCCAGCCAAUCACAGAAAAAACAAUACAUAAUACAAAAAAACUACAUUCAUUUUCUACCGCUUUUUCCUCACAAGGGACACGGGGGUGCUGGAGCCUAUCCCAGCUGUCUUUGGGCGAGAGGCGGGGUACACCCUGGACUGGUGGCCAGCCAAUCACAGGGCACAUAUAGACAAACAACCAUUCACACUCACAUUCAUACCUAUGGACAAUUUGGAGUGGCCAAUUAACCUAGCAUGUUUUUGGAAUGUGGGAGGAAACCGGAGUACCCGGAGAAAACCCACGCAUGCACGGGGAGAACAUGCAAACUCCACACAGAGAUGGCUGAGGGUGGAAUUGAACCCUGGUCUCCUCGCUAUGAGGUCUGCGCACUAACCACUCGACCGCCGUGCAGCCCAAAAACUAUAUUGUUUUUUGUUUUUAAAUGAAACUUUGAAAAAAAAUUACUUAAAAUUUACCAUUAAAAAGUGCCAAGAGUCAUGAAUUUAUGAGAACAAAGUCACAAAUCUACGAGAUAAAAAUCAUAAAUUUAUCAGAAUAAAGUCAGACUUAUGUGACCUUUGGCCUUGGUCAAAGUCUCCCCUUUCCACAGCUGUCUCAGGCAACACCUCCUAUUAAAAUAAUCAGAGAUUUAGAGAACAUUUACAUGGUACAUUUACGACAAAGUCAUCAAUUUACAGCUAUGGAAAGCGGGGGACUUAUGUGACUUUUGUUGGCGCUCAACCGCUCUGUUUUGCUGCCAUGUUAUAAAUAAAAGUUUGUUGGAAGCAAAAGGAAAGCUUCCUUCUUUCCCGAGACUAUUUUGUCAAUGAAUGACAACAUUUUCUUGUAAAUUUGCUACAUUCUCAUAAA